CCCUGGGGUAUGGGAAGCCCCCUUGGCUGCUGCGUGUGUGAGGCUGCAUGGCCAGGGGCUUUGGAUGGGCCGAGCCUGGCCUUCGCCUGGGGCGGUCUGCGUCAGCUUUUUCACCUCUGGACUGGGUUUGAGCCAAGCUGCUGGAACGCACUAGCAGUGGGGAAGCAGAGACGGUAGAUGUGGCACAGCGGGGCAAGAACUCCCCAGCCAGUGCCAGCUCCCCUCAGGGGCAGGGCUCCUGCAGCCAAGCGCUACCUUUUGUUGUCCCCAGCCCGGCCUGGAGGCAGGCAUUAGGGGUCCAGGGGCUCCCCCCGUGAGCUCAGGGCGUGCUCGGGGGCGGGGCGUGUCUCUGCAGGGCAGGGUGUGGCCAGUGGUCCAGAUGGUCAGUCUCUGGUGUCUUGCAAUGGGGAGUUAAAGCCACACUCCUCUCGCAGCUGGCCAGCCGUCAGGCAGUGGGUGGGGAACCCUGAGAGGAUAAAACCCACCAGCAGGAGCUAGCAGCUGGGAGGCAAAGUUCCGGCGGUUCCUGGGCUGUCAGCGCAGCCACCCUGCCAGCUUCACUUCCUCCUGCAGCGCGCCGCGCAAAGCCCGGGGAGCCCAGCAACCCGCCUGCCGCCGCCACGCCCUGGCCUCCGCUUGCAGGGCCCAGCCAACCCUUUCCUGACCCGGGGCCAGGAGAGAGCAGGGACCCUGACAUCUCCGUCUCCACAGAGCUGCCGGGUGGACCGAGCAGCCUCUUCCCCUUAGGAUGACCUCGCCUUCCAGCGCUCCAGCUUUCAGGUUGGAGACGUGGGAUGGAGACCAAGAAGGCGGCACUGAGGGGGACAAGGGACAGCAUGGGCCACCCCCCAUGGAGUCACCAUUCCAGGGUGAGGACCGGAACGCCUCCCCUCAGAUCAGAGUGAACCUCAAACCCUGGAUUAGAGCUGAUGGCAGCCAGAAGGACCCCAACCGCUUUGACCGUGACCGACUCUUCAGCGCCGUGUCCCGGGGUGCGCCUGAGGACUUGGCUGGGCUCCCAGAGUACCUGCGCAGGACCAGCAAGUACCUCACCGACUCAGAGUACACAGAGGGCUCCACGGGCAAAACGUGCCUGAUGAAAGCCCUGCUGAACCUUGAGAAUGGGAUCAACGCCUGCAUCCUGCCCCUGCUGGAGAUCGACAAAAACUCGGGCAAUCCCCGGCCACUGGUCAAUGCCCAGUGCACAGAUGAGUACUACCGAGGUCACAGCGCCCUGCACAUUGCCAUUGAGAAGAGGAGCCUGCAGUGUGUGAAGCUCCUGGUGGAGAAUGGGGCCAACGUGCAUGCCCGGGCUUGUGGCCACUUCUUCCAGAAGAGGCGGGGAACUUGCUUCUAUUUUGGCGAGCUGCCCCUCUCUCUGGCUGCGUGCACCAAGCAGUGGGAUGUGGUGAGCUACCUCCUGGAGAACCCGUACCAGCCUGCCAACCUGCAGGCUGCCGACUCCCUGGGCAACACUGUCCUGCAUGCCCUGGUGAUGAUCGCAGACAACUCUGAAGACAACAGCGAACUGGUGAUCCGCAUGUACGAUGCACUGCUCAGGGCAGGGGCCCGCCUCUGCCCCAGCGUGCAGCUCGAGGACAUCCAAAACCUGCAGGGCCUCACGCCCCUGAAGCUGGCUGCCAAGGAGGGCAAAAUAGAGAUUUUCAAGCACAUCCUGCAAAGGGAGUUCUCGGGGCCAUGCCAGUCCCUUUCCCGAAAAUUUACCGAGUGGUGUUAUGGGCCUGUCCGGGUAUCACUGUAUGACCUGGCCUCCGUGGACAGCUGCGAGGAGUACUCAGUGCUGGAGAUCAUCGCCUUUCACUGCAGGAGCCCACACCGACAUCGCAUGGUGGUUCUGGAGCCACUGAACAAACUCCUGCAAGCCAAAUGGAGUCAGUUCAUCCCCAGGUUCUUCUUCAACUUCCUGUGUUAUCUGAUCUAUGUGCUCAUCUUCACCACUGUUGCCUACCACCAGCCAGCCCUGGACCAGCAGGGUUUCCAGCUGGAUCCCUUGUCUGGAAACCCCGUGCUCCUGCUGGGCCACAUCUUCAUCCUGCUUGGGGGGAUCUACCUCCUCAUUGGCCAGCUUUGGUACUUCUGGCGGCGCCGCCUGUUCAUCUGGAUCUCCUUCGUGGACAGCUACUUUGAAAUCCUCUUCCUGGCCCAGGCCCUGCUCACCGUGCUGUCCCAGGCCUUGUGUUUCAUGGCCAUUGAGUGGUACCUGCCCCUGCUUGUGUCCUCGCUGGUGCUGGGCUGGCUGAACCUGCUGUACUACACACGUGGCUUCCAGUACACGGGCAUCUACAGCGUCAUGAUCCAGAAGGUUAUCCUGCGGGAUCUGCUCCGCUUCCUGGUGGUCUACUUAGUCUUCCUUUUUGGCUUUGCUAUAGCCCUGGUGAGCCUGAGCAGGGAGGCCCGGGGACUCAGGGGCCCUGCAGGCCUCAAUGGCACACAGGCCUCCCAGCCGGGGAUGGAACAGGAGGAGGAGGAGGAGGCCCCGUAUAACAGCAUCCUGGAUGCCUCGUUGGAGCUCUUCAAGUUCACCAUCGGCAUGGGCGAGCUGGCCUUUCAGGAGAAGCUGCGCUUCCGUGGGGUGGUGCUGCUGCUGCUGCUGGCCUAUGUGAUGCUCACCUACGUCCUGCUGCUCAACAUGCUCAUCGCCCUCAUGAGUGAGACGGUCAACAGCGUUGCCACUGACAGCUGGAGCAUCUGGAAGCUGCAGGGUGGCUGUGAAAAAUGGAUGUGCUCAAGGAUGUAAUGUGCCCAGCACAGUAACUACCAUAUAAUAGAAAGCCAUCUGUGUCUUGGAGAUGGAAAAUGGUUACUGGUGGUGCAGGAGGAAGAAGCAGCGGUCAGGUGUUCUGCUGACAGUGGGCACUCGGCCAGAUGGAAGUGCUGACGAGCGCUGGUGCUUCAGG